CCCAUCUCCCCAGAUCCACCCGCAACCGCCGGCCUCACCUCCAAACACACCUCUCCCCCGCCGGCGACCGUCGCAUACCAGACAGACGCCAUGUCGGUAAAGUUCGAGAAGGAAACCACCAAGACGACGGCCGCUAUUGCCGAUGCCGUGAGCGGCAAGGGCAAGGACGACAUCCUGCACCAUGUCGGCGAGGCGCUGACAAAGGGCGCUGGCCCCAAUGGAUACCUCGCAGCGUACCUCAAACAGCUGCAGAGCAACCCGCUGCGCACCAAGAUGCUUACCUCGGGAACUCUGUCAGGUCUGCAAGAGUUCCUCGCGUCGUGGAUCGCCCACGACAGGAGCAAGAGCGGCCACUACUUCACGUCGCGUGUGCCCAAGAUGGCUCUGUAUGGAGCAAUCAUCAGCGCGCCUCUCGGUCACGUCCUCAUCAGCAUGCUGCAGAAGCUCUUCCAGGGACGCACAAGCGUGAAGGCCAAGAUCCUGCAGAUUCUCGUCAGCAACCUGAUUAUUUCGCCCAUCCAGAACGGUGUCUAUCUGACUUCCAUGGCUAUCAUUGCCGGCGCCCGCACAUUCCACCAGGUUCGCGCAACCGUCAAGGCCGGUUUCAUGCCCGUCAUGAAGGUUAGCUGGAUUGUUUCCCCCAUCUCGCUGGCUUUUGCCCAGCAGUUCCUGCCCGAGUCCACUUGGGUACCCUUCUUCAACAUUAUCGGUUUCAUCAUCGGUACAUACAUCAACGCACACACCAAGAAGAAGAGGCUCGCGGCUCUGAGGCGAAAGCACUACGGCGACAGCAGUGGCCGGAGCCAAGUAGGCGACAGGCCCGGCGACAGGCCCGGCGACGAGUACGGCCGUGACCCCCGUGACCCCCCGCGUUACUAGACGGCGAAAGUCCAACAAUCCAGCAACCACAGCGUAAUGUUAUCCGCAUUGUAUCCCGGCUGGUCAGAGUUCCUGGCACAGUACGGACAGUUUUGUACUGGUGCGCUUUAAGCUACGACUUAGUAUAUCCCUCGUGUUUCUUGUUUGAUGAUUUGAAGGCCGCCAACGCUGUCAUCUCGAU